UGUGCUCUUCUUAUUCUCUGCGAGAAGCGACGCGAAACGGCGCGACGCCACGAGCAAAGCGGCCAAACAACCAAAGCAACCCACGCAAAAGUUCAGUUUCUCAGUGUCGCUCAGUGUGAACGGGUUUCUCCGGGUCUGGUUAAAGCCAAAUAAAAACAAAUAACCGAAGAAAAAGAACUAUAUAUAUCGUAGAGCAAAGUGAUAAGGAUUUCCAGCUCAACUGCAGUCGAGUUACAAUAAAAAAUAUAAUCAUAAUAAAAUGUGGCGAAUGACGCAUCUCCUGCUGCUGGCACUCAGCCUUGGAUCUCUGUGGAUGUCAGCACACGCUGAGGAGAUGUCGAGCGACUAUGAGAAUGAGAACGAGAAUGACUAUGGGGAAGAUGAUUCAGCGCGCUCGCCGGGCAACUUGGCCAAGUCGACGGCGGCUCCACUGGUGCCCUUCUUCAACCAGAAGGCGGGCGUCGUGCACGUCGAUGCCAGUGCGAGCAAUGUGAAGAUCGACUGCCCAGUGAAGAACUACGAUGCCAAACACCAUGUGAUUCUCUGGUAUCGCGAGGAGACGCUGGUCGUGAACGGCAAUCAGUCGGUGAUCGACAUCUACAAGCUGGACAGCCCCUUCGUACUGCUUGCCCCCCUGGCCAAUGCAACGGGCCACAGCUUCCACUGUGAGGUGCUGCCGUCGGGUGUGCGGCGCGACAUCUCCGUCAAGCUGGCACCGACGCCACCCAGUCCUCCGCAGCCAAACGCGACGCCGGCUGGCCACAGCUCGGCGCCUCCAGCGCUCAGCUGGCCAACAGCUCUGAAAUGUCUCAUUCUCAGUAUACUUAUCCGUGCACAUUUCUAAGCCACAACAAAAUCCACACACAAUUAACUAAUGAAUGCACCACCGGCACCACCGGCACCACCUUGUACUUUUUCAACUGGCAAAAGGACUUACUGAACAGCGCACAAUCAAGGACGAGCUUGUAUCCAAAAUAGUUCAAUCUGAGCAAAUCUCUCGCAUUAGCCAAUGCCUUGGUUCCAUUCCCUCUCCCCAUCAGGUGGAGCUUGAAUGGAUUGCUUCUCCACUUAGGUGUUGCUUUAUUAAUCUAGAUUAGCCAUAAGAGAUUAUAUAUAUAUAUAAUCUGUAUAUAUGCGCCUAUAUACAAGUGUUGAACGAAUCUGCUUUAUUAUAUAUAUAUAUACACACAAAUAUAUGUGAAAUUGCUUAUCAAUUAUAGGAUCAAUAGCUGCUAGACGAAAAACCACAAAAAGUAUAUAGAAUUUACAAUUAACUAUGUUAUUAUUGAUCCGAUUCAGUUGCCUUAGCUAAGAGUUUGUUGUUUCCCUAUCAAAAUUCUAUAAAUAUGUUUUAUCUGAACUUUUCUUAACAAAGAAAUUUAACUUAAGUAACUAGCUUAAAACAUAAGAUUCCAGCAGUAACAAAUAGUUCAUAAUUUCAAUAGAUCUUUAUUUUAUAUACAAUAUAUUAUUUUUGUUAAAACUGUAUUGAAACAAAUGCAUAAAAUGUAAUAUUUCCAAGUGUCUUAAACCGAAUACAAAGAAGAAUAAAAAUAAUAAAAAAAUUUUUGAAAAUCGAAUUGGAGCUCUUCCCAUUUUGCAGCAGUGCAAUCAAUGCAGAAGCCGUUAAAAAUAAAUAAUAAUAAAAACUUCAAUUUCAGCCUUUCAUAAUGAGAGUUUCGUGAAAGAAAACCCACCCUUAGAGGGAACACGCUCAGAGUUCCAUAGAGUGCAUAGUGGAGCGAAUAGGGGCGACUGCACAAGUAAACACCCGCCGCGCUUGACAGAGACAGAGUCUGCCUCUCUCCCUCUCUGUCUGUCCUUUACUCUGUCACACAAGCAGCUGCAGUUUGUGGGUAGGAAUUCCGCAAUGUGCGCAGGACAUGCAGGCCAUAUGGCCUGGCAGGCAGGCAGGCAGGCAGGCAGCCAAGCACAAUGGGCCAGGGCAGAGCCAGGGUGGUGGAACCGACGCAAGCCAAGCGCGGCUCAAGAAACACGAAACUUCCUGCGGCAGUCGACAGCGGCACGGCGACCAGGACACAGCUCGAAACAAAUCUGUGCGGCACAUCAGAGAUAAACUACGACUACUUCUAACUGCUUAGGCCAGACUCGCACUCUCUUCAAAUGAUUCCCAGCACAGAAUGCAUUGACACAGCUCAGGCUGGCCUUGAGUCUCCCAGCAACAUGGGAGUCUGGAGCGAGCAGAGCCACUGCAACCAGCUGCAAACUGCCGCAGAGGUCUAUCGUCGCAUUUUGGAGCGCAUGCAGCGGGAAGCUGGCUGCCAGGACAACAGCAGUGCAGCACAUCCAUACGAAGAAGUCCUGAAACAAAUUUGGAUUGCGACUUUUACGGGCCACAACAUAUACUAUAGAGCGUAGCAAGAGCUUGUAAUGAAAGAUCAUAGAGUCUAUAGGCUGCUGUAUAUAUCUACAUAUCAAUUAAACAGUCUUUAAGCGUUAUAGUAUUAAAUUUAUCCUAAGCUGAACUGAAACCAAAUAAACUGUUGUUUUGAAAGAUAA